AUGGAGAGGAAAAGAGAAAUAGGAGAAGGAAGCGCAUUGUCGUUGAGGGAAAAGCGAAACCUCAGGGAGAAAGAGCGACGGACGCGUAUGAAGGAUCUCUUUUGUUUACUCUCUUCCCAUGUUUCUCCCACUCGUAGGUUACCAGUGCCUCAACUUAUAGAUGAAGCGACAUCAUACAUGAUCAAAAUGAAAGAGAAUGUAAAGUAUUUGAAGGAGAAGAAAAAAUCAUUGUUAGGAGGAGAAGUACCCGGGAAGCGCUCAGAAGGAUCUUCGUCUCUUUUGCCAAAACUCAGUAUUCAUUCACGCGAUUCGAUCAUAGAGAUGAACCUUAUUAUCGAUGUUAACAUGAAAAGAUUAAUGUUACACGAGCUUAUGAGAGUUUUUGAAGAAGAAGGAGCUCAGGUUAUGACUGCUAGUCUCCAGAACUUGAAUGAUAGAACCGCGUGUACAAUCAUAGCCCAGGCUUUCAUAUGCCGGAUCGGCAUUGAUCCAUCAAGAAUAGAAAAGAGAGUGAGGGAUAUCAUCUUUUAG